AUGCCCCGUUUCCGCCCAAUCGACGCCGAAAAGCCCGCCACCCGACCACAGAAGUACGGAGCCGCAAUGUACAUCCGCGCCGAAUUCCAACACCGAUCCGCACUCUACAUCCGGCGCAACGAACAAUAUAAUAACGAAGCACGCAUAAUCAACCGGAAGCGGUGCAGAGGGCUUCGUGCCGCGGGCUAUGACUACCCGCCGAAUGGGCUAAUCAGGCUGAUCGACCCACUUAGCGGGUUAGCGUGCAGGGAAGCGCCGUUUCGGCUGCAGCAUUUCAACACUCUCCCAAUGGCCGAACUUGUGCUCGUAGGUAUAUUUUAUGGUUUCAAUUGGAACCCGAAUCAGGCGCCGGUUGUCAUGAACCCGGGGCCAUGGCAUACUAGACUCGAGAUGAUUGAGGAGUACAAGGCGUUUAUAGGCGCUAAUAACCACUGA